GUUGGUUUGGACCUUUCAGUGCCUCGGUGGUUCAGUUUAAUGCACCAAUGCUCGUGAACAAUAGUUUUGAUAUUUUCAUUUAAAAGUAAAAUAAUUAUUUUAGAAACAGACACGUAUACCGUUGUUUGUUACAAAUACAACGACAGACAAUUCUGUAAAUAUUUAAUUGUACCUAUUGCAUAAUCAAAGGGAAUCGCCAUGCCCAUGACGUUUAACAUACCGAAACAUUUCUUGUUUAAUCUUGUCUGCCUUUUGUCGUUUUUGGUCACUGUAAUAUUGUUUUCGAGCGUUGGCGAACCGUAUCAUCGAGGAUUCUUCUGUGAUGAUGAGAGUAUUAGCAAGCCUUACAAAGAUUCAACUGUACCUUCCUCCGUAGCUGCUAUUGUGGGUUUACUCCUACCUGUUAUAUCUAUAACAAUUAUUGAAUGGCCACAAAUUUGGAAGUCGACAAAGGAUGAAAAAAAGCGAUUCUACAAAUCACAAUGGUUUCGAUGGUUGUGUAUCGUGAUAACAUUUUUUGUGGUUGGAGCAGCAGUUAAUGUUGUUUUGACAGAUGUAGGAAAAUACACAAUUGGCAGAUUACGUCCACACUUCUUCAGCGUUUGUAAACCAGACUUUUCUAAGCUUAACUGCACAACUGGUUUUAAAAAGAACUUUAUUAUGAAUUAUGAAUGCACGGGAGAUAAACAUCUUGUUAAAGAAGCAAGACUUUCAUUUCCUUCUGGGCAUUCUUCCUUUGCAGCUUACUGUAUGGUGUUCCUCAUCCUGUACCUUGAAAUGCGCAUGACAUAUUGUUCGACAAUGACAUUAUUUAAACCUCUACUCCAGUUUGUCCUGCUCUUACUUACUGUGCUAUGUGGCUUGUCACGUGUGUCAGACUAUAAGCACCAUUGGAGUGAUGUUUUAACUGGUUUUUUCAUAGGCACAUGUAUCGCGUUGUUCUUCAUAUUUCGGGUGUUAGAACUUCGCCACGUUUCCAACAUCACACCGACUGAUCGUGAUCAUUAUGAAGAAAGACCUAAUCCUCAACAUCCUGGAGAUAUUGAAAGUGACGGAACCUCUUGAUUUUAGCUGUAUUCUUAACACAAAUACGGGCAUUUUAUGCAAGUGUGAACAGUUUACAAUAUUCAACUUAUUCAAGGCCUGAUUAGCUACAACCGUGACAAUAUUUUUGAGGUGACACAUAAAGCAAAAAGAAACUCUUGCUGCAAGCAAGGGGAGAAUUAGAUACGUAGCUAUACAAUGUUUAUGGCAUAUUUAUGAAAGGAUUUUCUCAUAAUGCCGACGGAUAGUUGUUGCAGCUAUCUUCAGGCUGUAGCUGAUCAAUUCUUGCAUCUUUGAUUUAUUACUUGCGCCACUUCAAUAGUCCAUCUUAUAUUGCUUUUAAUUCUCAAUUACCUCAAAGCAAAACGAAGGAAACCGUUUGCAAAAACGGUACAUUACGAUGUGUAUCGAAAUAAUAUACCAAUUUAUUUUUGAUGUA